AUGGUACUACCAACAGUUGACAGGCCAUUUGGCAUUUAUUUAUGGUAUUAUUUUAAUGCGCUAGUGACCAAAAUUAGUGGAGGUAAGCUAGUUCCACAAAAAUUUGAGUUCAAAGCGGGAGAAUUACCUUUUUCUACGCUUCCGCCUGUGGUUGUAGCUAUAGGGACUUAUUACUUGGUGAUAUUUGGGGGCGAUUACGUGUUCAAGAGAUUUAAAAUCAAGCCUCUUGUAUUGAACAAGUUGUUCCAGAUUCACAAUUUGGUCUUGACUACUUUAUCAUUGUCCCUCUUGACAUUGAUGGUAGAACAGUUGAUUCCUAUUAUUAUUAGACAUGGUAUUUUCUAUGCUAUUUGCAGCCCCAAAGCAUGGACCGUGGAGUUAUGCUGUCUUUAUUAUUUCAACUAUAUUACCAAAUUUUGUGAAUUUCUUGAUACAGUAUUUUUGGUUGUUAAGCAAAAGAAAUUGACAUUUUUGCAUACUUACCAUCAUGGAGCUACAGCUUUGUUAUGCUACACGCAGUUAAUUGGAACCACCCCGAUUUCUUGGGUACCAAUUACCUUAAAUUUAGGUGUCCAUGUUGUUAUGUACUGGUAUUACUUCUUAGCUGCAAGAGGAAUUAGAGUAUGGUGGAAGGAGUGGGUGACAAGGUUUCAAAUUAUUCAAUUCGUAUUAGAUUUAGGUUUUGUUUAUUUUGCAACCUAUCAAAAGAUUGUACUCACUUACUUCUCAAAGGUUACAUUUCUUCCUAUUUGUGGUGACUGCGCAGGUACUAUGGUAGCUGCUUACUCUGGAUGUGCCAUAUUGUCGUCUUACUUGGUUCUUUUCAUUGCCUUUUAUAUUGAUGUUUACAGAAAGAAAUCUUCUAGAAAAUCAAAGAAAGUGAAGGCCAUCAAAGGUGGUGUGGCUGCUCAAGUAAAUGAAUAUGUUUAUGCCACUUCGAGAAGUGAAUCGCCAGCCCCAGGAGCUGGCGGUGCUGAUAGAACACUUCGCUCUAGAAAGGCAUGA